GUUCAAGGCGUUUUCUUCAGGGCCUGCACCCAGGAGCAGGCUCGAAACCUGGGCGUCGUGGGGUGGGUGGCGAACACACGCCACAACACAGUCAAGGGAGUCAUCCAGGGCGAGUCUGAGGCAUUGGAGGAGAUGAAGGAAUGGCUGCGAAAAAAGGGGAGCCCUCACUCAAGAAUUGAGAGGGCAGAGUUCACAAACGAACGCACUCUUGAGGGGUUGGAAUUUGAUGCCUUCAGCACAGAACGGCUUUAG